AUGCGGUCCAAGCCGCAUAUUCUCCUCUUCGGGGUCGGCAGCAUCGGCGCCAUUUAUCUCCUCCAACUGCAGCGUGCCGGAUGCACCGUGACAGCCGUGUGUCGGUCCAACUACGAUGUCGUCAAGCAGCAUGGAUUUACACUGACAAGUGUACGAUUUGGCAACGUCACAUAUCACCCAGAUCAUAUCGUUCGCAGUGUCGCUGAAUGCCCCAAAGACGCAGUAUAUGAUUAUGUCCUGGUGACUGCGAAAUGCUUCCCCGGUAGUAAGCCGUCACUAGCAGAUCUGAUCAGACCGGCACUUAUCGGCCGUCCAGAGACGGCCAUCGUCCUAGCUCAGAACGGUAUAGAGAUUGAGAGGGAUGUUGCAGCCGAAUUCCCAGAGAAUCCCAUCCUCAGCGGUGUCAUCUACCUACCAUCCACCCAAACUGGUCCGGGCAUCAUUGACUACCCCGAAAUGCUGAACCUGCUGGAACUGGGAACCUAUCCCGCCAACGCACCCGCUACACAUAAAGCAGCGGCCAGCAAGCUCGUUGACCUGAUGAAUCAAGGCGGCGGCGAGGCCAAACUGCACGACGACAUUCAGAUCGCGCGCUGGACUAAGUUGCUCGUCAACGCGUCGUGGAAUCCUAUCUGCGCGCUGAGCAUGUGCUCGGAUGGGGACUUCCUCUUCACUUCAGAGCCCUUCGCAUUUGAACUAGUCUGGGGGAUUAUGAUGGAAAUUGUGGCACUGGCCAAGAAGGUGGGAAUUCCCGGGGUGGAUGAGGAGGCAGCGAGGGUACGGCUUCAAACGGCAACCCGUCGGGCGGAAACAGGAACAGGACGCGAUCCGAGUAUGCUGCAGGAUGUCAAGCAGGGUCGAUCAUUUGAAGUCGAAGCGAUUGUUGGGAACACGGUGAGACUGGCUCGGAAACAUGAAGUGAGCAUGCCCCGGUUGGAAACCGUGUAUGCAUUGGCAAAGGGAAGAUAUGAGACAUUAGCGCGUAAUCACUCGCAUUGA